GAACAAAAACAAAAACUUAAAGUCUCUUUUGAUAAAAAAUCACACAAAAAAUCAAAUAAAAUGCACAAAGAAGAGAACAAAGUCAUCGUACAAACAGCUAAAAAGCUCGGAAUCAAUCCAACAAACGAAAUUAUCAGUCGCUGUUCUGAAUUCCUCCGAUUACUGCAACUCAAACCCAGUAUAAUCUCCUCCACAAAUGACGCUUCUCGUACUGUCAUCUGCUUGGACCUUGCCACACAAUAUCUCGGCACACAAGAAUCCCUCGAAGCCUCCGAACUCCUCAAAUGUUCAGGUUUAAAGAAAUCCGCGUAUCUCAACACAAAACGCAUGCUGGAAAAAUCCUUGGACUUAAAUCACAAAGUUGGCAUCAACGAGAUUUGCUUAAAACAUGGCAUUAGUGAGGCAAAAAAGCUCGCAACCGACAUCCUGAACAAAUAUAAAAGUUAUUGCAGCACCACCGAUAAGAGCAAUGACGACUUUUCCCACCCCCAAUAUUCAGCAAUUGCUGUUUUUAGCGCUUGUAAAAAGUUAAAAGUGAAAAUUCAGAAGCAAAAAUUAGUUGGCGAGAGUUUAUUGAAGCCACAACAAUGGACGGCAUUAGAAAAACGCUUCGAAAAGGUAUUAGAAAUGGAAGAUACGAAGAAAAAGGGAACGGAAGUGACGAAAAAGGACUCAAAAAUGAAUGAAGAAGUACUAAAAGAAGUAGAUCCGGAUCGAAAUUCGAAGAAAAGACCAUUAACAGACAACAAAGAAGAAGAUUACGAGCAUUGGAAGACGCGAAUUCUAAAGAAAGCUUAUCGAGAUCUCGAAUUAUUGAAGAAAAAGGAACAAGAAGCAUAAGAUCUCUCACGAAAAAUCAAAAAUUGGUAGUUUUUAUGACUGAAAUUGACAUUUUUAGAAUAUUUUUCACUUCUUAAAGCUCAAAAAAUUUUUAAAAAUUCAAUUUCAAUGAUAAAAAAAGGAAAUUUUUGAUAAAAUCUUAAAAAAAAAAAUCAAUGAGACAUGAAAACCCUCAGAAUUUGCUUAAAAUAUGAUAGUAUUUAGAUAUUUAUUUAUAAUAUUCAUCUAAUUUUUAUUAAUUGAUAUCUGUCUGUGUGUAGUUGUCUGUUGUAUAUAAUAAUUUUUCUCCUUUGUUAAUCAUUCCCGAUUUAAAUUCUAUUUGUUUA